CCUCCCCUCUGAGGCUGUGUGGAGAUAUAUAAUAUUGCUCCCGCCAGCAGCAGCCGCGGCUGUGGGGAGGAGACAUGGCGCAGUGACUGUUCCUGAGCUGUUAGUGUACCCCUGUCCCGUCACAGUCUGUACAAAGCUAUUACACGAUGUGUGGACGCACUGCUUGCACUCUGGCACCGGAGGAGGUCUGCAAAGCUUGUGAAUAUCAAGACAAGCAGGGCCAAAGGAAAAGUCCGCAGUGGAGGGACGGCGAUUCGGACAAGUACCAUCCAUCGUAUAACAAGAGUCCCCAGUCCAACAGCCCCGUCCUGCUGUCUCUGAGGCAUUUUCAGAAGGAUGCGGACUCUUCCGAGCGGGUUCUCGCCUCCAUGCGCUGGGGUCUCAUCCCCUCCUGGUUCACUGAAACAGACCCAUCGAAAAUACAGUAUAAGACCAACAAUUGCCGCAGCGAUACCAUGACGCAGAAGACGUUAUACAAGGGGCCCCUUUCCAAAGGCAGGAGGUGUGUGGUUCUUGCAGAUGGAUUCUAUGAGUGGAGAAGACAGGACAGCGAGAAACAGCCGUACUAUAUCUACUUCCCACAGAUCAAAGCUGAACAGUCUGCAGAUGCAAAGGACGGUACCGACGGAGAUAGCUGGAGGCUGCUCACUAUGGCCGGACUGUUUGAUUGUUGGCAGCCGCCCAAUGGGGGAGAGCCUCUCUAUUCCUACACGAUCAUCACAGUGGAUUCAUCCAAGAGCAUGAACUGGAUUCAUGACCGGAUGCCGGCUAUACUGGACGGCGAUGAGGAAAUCCGGAAGUGGCUGGACUUUGGGGAGGUUCCUGCUAAUGAAGCUUUUACGCUUAUUCGCCCUAUUGAAAAUAUCACCUAUCACCCUGUAUCCAGUAUAGUGAACAACUCUCGAAACAACAGCCCAGAAUGCACUGUGGCUAUUAUUCUGAACAGAAAAAAGGAGCCAACUCUUAGCGCCAGUGGUAAAAAUAUGUUGCUCUGGUUACAAAAUAAAUCUCCAAAGAAAGAACAACCAGAAGGUCUUAAAUCACCAAAACUUUCUCAGUUUGCUGUGUCGCCCAAGAAGACCAGUGCAGGAUUAAUGCAUCAGUGGCUGAAGAUAGAAGGGGAGCCCUCUCCUAAAAGGCCAAAGAGAUAACUAUAUGUCUUUCCAGGUCACUACAAUUCUAAACAUGUUUCAUAAAGUUUAUAUAGUUCCGUAUUGAGUCUUUUUUAAAGCUGAACAAUUACAGGUAUAUUCAUACCUCUCAAUGUUUAACUGGACAGAGUAAGCCUUGACCCAACCAAACCCAUGCCCCUGAUUUGCUGAGACAUGGCCAGUUUCUAAUGAACGCCACGCAGCUCUGAUAAUACCCAGGCUAUUAUGGGGCCUUAAUCUUUAUAGUUAUUGCAUUAACAUGAUAUCCUGAUACUGUAUCAUGCUUUGGUUAUGGAUGUUUAAUAAAGUUUUGAUAUAUACAAAAAAAAAAAAAAACUUACAUUCUUA